AUGGCUUUACUCUCUUUUAGCAUUUGCUUUCUUGUGUUCUUCCAUGGCUGCUUUGCUCAUAUAGAUAUGGUCACUAACCACCAACAGCAGCAACAACGCCGCUUGAGUCGGCAAUCUGAAUGCCAACUCCAGAACUUGAAUGCUCUUCAGCCUAAGCACCGGUUCAGGUCAGAGGCUGGUGAGACCGAGUUCUGGGACCAAAACGAGCAACAGUUCCAGUGUGCUGGUGUUGCCUUCCUCCGCCACAAAAUCCAACGCCGAGGGCUUCUAUUGCCUUCAUUUACCAAUGCUCCUAUGCUUAUGUAUAUCGUACAAGGGGAGGGUAUUCAAGGCGCCGUCUUCCCAGGUUGUGCCGAGACAUUCCAGUCACCGUCACAAGAACAUAGACAACAAAGAUCCUCCCCUGAUCAGCACCAGAAGAUCAGACGGUUCAAAGAAGGUGAUGUUAUUGCCUUGCCUGCUGGUAUAUCUAACUGGAUUUACAACAACGGACAGUCUCAGCUUGUCUUGGUCGCACUUGUUGAUGUUGCCAACAGUCACAACCAGCUCGACGUAAACUUCAGGAAAUUCUUCUUGGCUGGUAACCCACAAGAAGGACUGGUAAGAGGAGGCCAAAGGCAAGACCGAAGCCAAUGGCAAAGCAAAAGCUACAGACGGCAGCACGAAGAGGAGCAGGAGGAGGAGGAGGAGGAACGCCGAGAGAGCGACGGAAACAAUCUGCUGAGUGGCUUUGACAAGAAUCUCCUGGCUGAAGUUUUUGAGAUUGACACGAGGCUAGCAAGGAAGCUUCAGAAUGAAAGGGACAACAGGGGAGCCAUUGUAAGAGUGGAGCAUGAAAUCCAAACCCCAGAAACAGCCGAGGAAGAACAGAGGCAACAAGGAAGCGAAGAGGAGGAGGAGGCGAAGGAAGAAGAAGAGAGAUCCGAAGAAGAAAGAGAAGAAAGAAGGCCAAGAAGGAGCAGAGGAGAAAGAGAGUCACGAAACGGUUUAGAAGAAACAUUCUGCACAAUGAGACUAAAACACAGGACCGAUUCUUCAUUUGCUGAUAUUUUCAACCCACGAGGUGGUCGCAUCACCACCGUUAACGGCUUCAACCUUCCCAUCCUCCAAUGGCUCCAACUCAGCGCUGAGAGAGGAGUGCUUUACAAUAAUGCUCUCUAUGCGCCUCACUGGAACAUCAAUGCCCACAGCAUAGUUUACAUCACCAGAGGCAAUGGAAGGAUCCAAAUCGUUUCGGAAAAUGGAGAGGCGAUAUUCGAUGACCAGGUCCAGGAAGGUCAGGUGAUAACCAUUCCACAGAAUCAUGCAGUGCUGAAGAAAGCAGGCAGGCAAGGGUUUGAGUGGAUAGCAUUCAAGACAAACGCCAAUGCCCAGAUUAGCCAGCUUGCCGGUCGUGUCUCGGUCAUGCGAGGGUUACCGGUGGACGUGUUGGCCAACUCGUUUGGUAUAUCUCGGGAGGAGGCCUCCAGGUUGAAGCAGAAUAGGCAGGAGGUGUCGGUGUUUAGCCCAAGAAGAGGACCACAGCAGUGA